CACUCUCCUCCGCGUCUCUUUUCUCAUUUGCUUCCGCUCUUUGCUACUUUAGCUGCAGACUCUUUUCUAGGUCCUCUCCGUACAUCCUAGCGGCCUCUGUUUUCUCUCUCUAUAUCAACCACAAUAGAAAGAAAGAAGGUACAAGUUGGAACUUCUUAUAGCUUUCAGUUGCUAAAUCCAAAGGAACCAUGAAGUUACGUCAGCGAAAGGAUCGUAAUCCACACUCAUCAUCACUGCCGCCGCUCCCAAUCGAACUCGUGAUCGACAUCUUCUCCAGGUUAUCCCUCAAGUCUAUCGCCUUCUGUCGUUGCGUAUCCAAGCCCUGGGCCUCGGUGCUUGGCCGUUCUGAUUUCAGGGAUCUGCGCUUGACAAGGUCUCAGGCUACACCGCGUCUACUGUUCGCCUUUUGGGAAGGUAAUAAGCUCUUCUUCCUCUCCUCACCUCAGCCUCAGAGUCCUGAUGAUGACAUGUCUGUUGUGGCCGCUGAUCAUCACGUGAGUUUCUCCUUUGAUCAUCCUGUCAAAGCGAUAUUCGCAAGUGUCAAUGGCUUUGUCUGUGUCCGUAUCAAGGGUCAUCGGUUCGUAAAAGGGAAGAGAUACAAGGUGGAUGAGUCCGUGAUGUGUAACCCUAGCACGGGACAGUCAUUUACUAUACCAAGAAUGAAGACAAGGACCAGGGUCGUUGGGAUAGUACGGUUUCUCGGGUAUGAUCCCGUUGAGAAACUUCACAAGGUGUUGGGAAUGGUCCGUGGUCACCGCAGCAGAACUAUGGAUCAUCAAGUCCUGACAUUAGGAGGAGGAACUGAGAAAGCGACAACAUGGAGAAUGACUGAAUGUAUCCCAUGUGUUUCUUCUAAGCUUAGAGAGAAUAUAUGCAUUAAUGGGGUUCUCUAUUAUAUUGAGGCUGAUCCAGACUGGAGUGGUGAUCAUAUGAUAAUUUGCUUCGAUGUUAGAUCUGAGAAGUACAGUUUUGUUAAGCCCCCAAAAAGGGAAUUGCAUCAUAAGCUGCUAGACUGCAACGGUAAAUUGGCUCUAGUACCAAUGGGCAAAAGUUAUUCUUUCAAUAGUGAAACUGUUAAGAUGUGGGUUCUAGAAGACCCCGAAAGACAUGAAUGGUCCAAACGUGUUUACAUAUUUACCCCUAUGUGGAAAAAUGUAGUUGACCGACUGAGGUCGUUCGAGAUUGUUGGAGUGACCGGUCCGAAUGAAUUUCUUAUGUCGUCCACAUAUUCAUCUGAACCUUUCCAAGUCUACUACUGCAAUUUCGACAAGGAGACUGUAACAAGAGUUGUGAUCCAAGGAGUGGGAGCGUUAAGGGAUGGGAGGGGCUAUUCUAUUCACACCUGUCUAAACCAUGUGGAGGAUGUGAAGCUUAUGGAACUAUAAGGAUAUAAGCAUCAGAGCAGCAAAGAACUCGUCCUCAUAGUCUAAGAUUUUACAGAGAAACGUUCGUCUCAAAAAGCUCGUGCUAAGAUCAUUGAGGUCUUGUGAAAACGCUUUCGGUAGUGUUCUUGUUUAUUGCUCUUGUAAUAUUACAUGUUUCGGUUAAGUAGCAAACGAUUUGAGUAGAAGCUCCAAUAGUAAAAAGUUUUAUUUUAUUCUA